GGUUAACUGUGUCCUGGUCUGGUCUUGUGCUGGCCUUUGACUAAGUUUUGGGCAGUUUUUUUCCCCACUGUCCUGGAGAGAAGGUAGACGGAGACCAUUUCUCCUUCAGUAAGAAAGGGUUGAGUGACCAGGGUCACCACAAACUUUGCAGAACCUCAGAGAGCGAUCAAGGUUCUGCAAGAUGGUGCAUGAUGGACUAAACCCAAUGGACUUGUGUUAUAGCGAGUAACUAAACAGUCAAGCAGAUACAUUAGACAGUGCACACCUUCCAAAUCCACAGACUGAUGAAACCACUGAUGGAGAGUUUCCCAAUUGGGUGAACUGCAAUCUGAGGCUAUAGUUGGCACUGAGUGCAGUGGGACAAGUGAGACAGUAAGCUGUGUAACAGUGUCACUGGCUACUGGAACUGCUGCUGACAGCCUGCCAUCCCGGGGGGCAGCAGUGGUCAUUUAUGGGCCGGCGUGCAUGAAGACAGGAUAUUGUGAGAUGCAUCACUGUGUUGGUGUUCACCUGUCCUGGCUGUAUUCGGAGUUUCGCCUGAGCCACUGCAGCUUGCACAUGGCUGGGCAUAAAUCUAAUUGAUGUGGAGGACUCAUGGCUAUUGGCUCUGCAUUCUGGAAUGCACUGAUGCGUUAUUGCACUUCACUUGUUGUCCACUCCUCAGCAGCCUUAAAGAUGCACUGUGCAGCAACCUGUGGACAACUGAAGAUAGGAGAAACCCCUGACAAUCAAGAUGGCCCAGAUCCUCAGGACUGUGUCAUCAUGGCACCACUGUGAUCAGGAGGAUGUUUUUCAAAGCUGCAUGGUUCUGACAGUGACUGGCAGACAGAUUCAAGGGGAGGAGACUGGAACCAGACUACAAAACAGCAGGAAUUAAAAAGCAAAAGUAUUCACUACCAAGAAAUCAACAGCCACAGUUCAUCGCAGAUCAACUGCCUGCAAGAAGACAAUGGAAAUGACCAGCCAUGGUUCAGCUGACCUCAGAUUGGUGCUGGUGGGUCAGGAAAGAGUCGGGAAGAGCUCAGCAGGAAACACCAUCCUGAGAAAUAAGGAGUUUAACUCUGAAGACGGUCUCAAGCUGCUGACUCGAAGCAGUAAGAAGGCAGAAAAUGAAGUUUUCUCUCGUAGAGUCUCUGUGAUUGACACCCCUGGACUCUCCAGCUCUGUUCUUCCUCCAGACGAAGUGAAAGCUGAGAUCCAGAGAGCUGUGGAGCUGAGCUCUCCUGGUCCUCAUGUUUUUCUGCUCACCAUCAAGCUGGGAAGAUUCACUGAACAGGAAGAGCCAGGACUGGAGAUGCUGCAGGAGAUUCUGGGUCCAGAGGUUUCCAAGUUCACCAUGAUCCUGUUCACCCACACGGACCGACUGGAACAAACAGGCAUUAAUGUUGAUCAGUUUGUACAAGAAGAUGAAAACUUGCAGAAAAUAGUGCAGAGCUGCAGUGGGAUGUAUCAUGUGUUCAACAACAAGAAGAUGGAAAACAGGAAGCAGGUCCAGGAUCUGCUGGAUAAAAUAGAUUCACUCUCAGACGGAGGACGUCGUUUUUAUCAGAGGCAGAUUUCUCUGAUCACUUUCUGUAGAUGGGCUCAGUCAUGGUGGUCAGACUGGAGACUGAAACUUGGAGUUUGCUUUCUGUGCUGUUGGAUAUUGAGCAACAUCUAUAGUCGGUUGAGAAAAGAAUAGAGGAAGUAAAAAAUUACCGGAGGAAGAAAGUUUCAUGGAAAAUGUCAGUGUGAAUAAAAUGAUCAAUUAUCCAUUACAAUCCAAACUUUUGUUGUAAUUGGCUGGACUUAAAAAUAAUAAAACUGAUUUAAAUC